GAUCGUGUGCCAGUUGACAUCGUGCUUAUUAGUGUUUGAUUCGAUGAAGCAAAGUGCAGUGCACCACGGUGUACUGCGCUGUUUCUCUUCGUCUAUCCAACGUGAUGAUUCCUGUUCCGGUGUUCUACCUAGUUUUUUUCUCCGUGAUUUCAACCGUCUCCAGUGCCGUGGUGCGACAGUAUAGCUGUGAUAAUUACUUUCAAUCCUGGUGCCAGCUGCAGAAUGUCACGAUCCAGAUGGAGGGGGACAUUCAGAGCACGAUCUUCCCACGGGAGCGGCAGCUUGGCUUCGUCUACGGUACGAUCGCCAACUUCUCGCACACCUUCAACAAUCAGCUGUUCCGGGCGGGUGUGCUGAGGGUGUUUGCCCGUGGAACACGCAUCCCGUACCUCACGAUGCCGAACACACUCGAUCAGCUGUACCUGCGUGACAACGAUCUACGCACGGUGGAGAUCGAUCCGAGGGCACGCUAUACGGUACGCUAUCUGCGCAUCCAGAUGAACAAACUGCGAUCGGUGGCCCGGUUCGAGCAUCUAACGCAACUGCUGGAGCUCAAUCUUUGCGACAAUCUGCUCGAGACGGUUCCGUUUGAUACGUUCGCCACGAUGACCCGGCUGCGCCAGCUGAUCCUGUGCGGGAAUCACAUCAAAACGCUCGUCCCGCCGAUUCCACAGCAAACCGUCGUUCAGCUGCCCUCGCUGACGCAUCUGGAUCUGAGCGGGAACUUUAUCUGCUCGUUACCGCUCGCUCGGUGGCAGUUUCCACAGCUGGUCAAUCUCGGUUUGCGCGACAAUCUGCUCACCACGCUGGAUAGUGGCGCCAUCGUGGCCCGUUUUCCCCGGAUGCGCAUCUUCGAUGCAUCGGCUAAUGCACUGGACUGCCGUUCGUACCGGCAGGCACUGCGUACCUUCGCCCAUCGCUCGAUCGUACAUCUGAUUGAUCGACGAAUGUGUAGCAUGGACGAUGCUGUCCCCGUUGGUGGUGAGGAACGGGAUGAGGGGCAACGAGAUGGCGCCAAAACGAUCGGAAAUGGUUCAAGCGGUAGUAAUGAGAUCGUGCCAGUGCGCCCCGGUUCGACCAUGAGCGACCGCGCGGGGCAAGAAAUUCGAAACCUUAAGGAGCGGCUCUUCCUGCAGCAGCUAACCAUCCAGCGGCAGCGGAUGGAAAUCGAACAGCUGCGCGCCAACCUGACGACACUGAUGGAACAGUUCGAUCUCGUCGCCGGUCCUGUCCGUGCCGUCGAUCCAUUCUAGCGCUGCUAGCACCUAGCUCUGCGCUUUGAUGCAUCUAGAGCCAACCGUGCAGCGCGAUGCAAUAAAUAGCAAACGAAGGAGAGAGAGGGAAAGUAGCUUAAAGCCGGCAUAUAACCUCGUGAUGAUUCCAACUGAAACGAGGUUGUUCAAGUGAGAAAUGGUAAGCGACCAUUCGGUGUGACAUCCGCAAGCACCGCAAGCACCAGACCCCGUUAGUGCAGUUUAUGGUCGAUUGUUUCUUCACUGUGAACGGUGUGGCCACCAGCAUCGUGGUGUCUCGCAGAUCGGCGAUCCUUACUUAGUGCUCCGAGUGUUGCUAAUGAAUGGAUGGCCCGUGACCCCGGCACGGUUUUCGAAUGCCGUCAAGAGAAGAUGAUUAU